AUGAGUCAAGCGAAGCGCUUGAAUGCGAAAGGCACUAUUGGGCUUGAGAUCCUCGAGCAAUUUCCGAGCGUAGACAACGUCUUUAUCUCGAUGGGCGGCGGUGGUCUGAUAAGUGGCAUUGGGUCCGUCCUCAAGGCUUUCUCCCCCAAAGUCAAAGUCUUCGGUGCCUCUGCGAAUGCUUCGCGAGCACUAGCUGCUUCGAUGCAAGCUGGCGAAGUAGUGGAGACUGAAUAUCUCCCUACAUUGGCUGAGGCUGUAGCAGGCGGCAUCGACGAAGAUACGAUCACCUUGCCUCUGGCCGUGCAGGUCGUCGAUGAGGUCGUGGAUUGCGACGAGGAUGGAAUCAAACAUUCGUUGAGAGCGCUAGCAUUGGAAGAGAAUAUGUUGAUGGAAGGUAGCUCCGCACUCGCGCUUGCAGCCUAUAAAAAGGUGGAAGAGAAAGUGCAUGGCCAGGUAAACAUUGUGGUACUUUGCGAUGCAAACUUCGACGGGGACACGAUUGUGCAGGAGAUCUUUGGUAGAUGA